AAAUGUAAGUACAGACAUGGCACAUAGGGAAUUGAAUUGCAAUAUAUUUGUUUAGAAUGAAUGCAUACAAAAAUCAUCAAACAAAAAUCCCAAUUGCUAAAUCCUGCUAAAAUAGCGACGCUUAGCGGUUCUAGGAAAUGUGCCCGUGCACUUACUGCGCGAGCGAACACGGAAGUGACACGUUUUCUGUUUGUGAGAAAAAGAUGGCAGAGAGCAGCCCCAUAGCAGUGAAGAGAUGCGAUUCUGCAUGUGUAUAUGCCGUGAGCAUGGAGGCUAUCUCAGCUCUGACGGAGUUGGAUGAUCUGGAGCGGGUCUACCAGCAGCUCUGCACUGAGGAGAAAAAGGUGGAGACUGAGCUGGAGAAGUUGGUUGGACAGCAGGGGAACAUUGACACCAAGAUGCUCGCUCUUCAAAGGAUGGGGCCCAACCUGCAGCUGAUAGGAGGAGAUGCCAGUCAGCUGUCUGGCAUGAUUACCUUCACCUGCAGCCUGGCAGAGAAUGUCAGCAGCAAAGUCCGCCAGCUAGACCUGGCAAAGGAGGUAAAGUGAGAUACCCCUUGUCACUGCAUACCCACAUCCAUCCAAAAGGUGCUCCCAUGCCUUCCUCUAUCCUGGAAAGGUUUACACCUGUUACUACCCGGCUUUAUAAGGUUAUCCAGCGGGCUGAUGACAUCCUGGACCUGAAGUUCUGCACAGACGGCGUUCAGACGGCGCUACACAAUGAGGACUACGAACAGGCUGCCGCCCACAUCCACCGCUACCUUUCUCUCGACCAAUCAGUCAUUGAGCUAAGUCGCCAGGGAGAAGAGAGCAGUGCUGUGGACGCUAGCCUGGCCAUGCUUCAAGAGGCAGAGCAGCGAUUGAAAGUCCUGGUUGCGGAGAGACUGGAUGAGGCUGUUACCAGGGGUGAUCUGGCGCAGGUGGAAAGAUUCUUUAAAAUCUUCCCUCUGCUUGGCCUCCACGAGCAAGGCCUGGCUCGCUUUGGCCAGUACCUCUGCAGCCAACUGGCCUCUAAAGCAGAUGAGAACCUGCUCUUGGCUGUGGGAGGAGAGCUGGGAGAGAGGAGAGCUGCUCUGGUCUUUGCUGACACCCUGACUUUGCUGCUGGAGGGCAUAGCUCGUGUUGUGGAGACCCACCAGCCCAUCGUUGAGACGUACUACGGUCCAGGCUACCUGUAUACUCUCAUCACUCACCUGCAGCAGGAGUGUGACCGACAGGCCCAGAAAGUAGUUGACAAGUUCAUCCAACAGAGAGACUACCACAACAAGUUUCAGAUCGUCCAGAGCAGCAUGAUGAAGAGUGUGCCCACUGAGAAGAUUGAACCCAGGGAGCUGGAUCCUGUAUUACUGGAAGUCACUCUGAUGAAUGCCAGGUCGGAGCUUUACUUAAGAUUCCUGCGCCGUCGCAUGAUGGCCGACUUCGAGGUUGGAGAUGCUACGGCAACACCUGGCAUCGUCCAAGAGCACAAGCAUAAUGUGGAGAAACUGCUGAAACACUGCAUGCUGGGCCAGCUCAUGCAGGAGCUGAUUGGCUACUACAUUCCAAUGGAGGAGUACUACAUGAGGGAGACUGUCAGCAAGGCUGUAGCUAUGGAUACAUAUGAGAAGGGUCAGCUGACAUCCAGCAUGGUGGAUGACUGUUUCUACAUUGUGAAGAAGUGCAUCAGCAGAGCUCUGUCCAGCUCCAGCAUUGACUGCCUGUGUGCCAUGAUCAAUCACUCAACCUCAGUGCUAGAGUCUGACUUCCGGGAGGUGUUGUAUAAUAAGCUGAGGCAGGGCUUCCCUGCGACCACGCUGCAGGACAUCCAGCGUGGGGUGAGCAGUGCAGUGAGUCUGAUGCAGAGCAGCUUGCAGCAGGGCAAGUUCAACAACCUGGGCAUUGACAGCGCAGAGGUCGCCAAGGCUGCCUUCCUGGUGACUCUGAAUAACGUGGAGGUGUGUAGUGAGAACAUCACCACUCUGAAGAGGAACUUGGAGAGUGAUUGCUCCAAGUUGUUCACUCAGGGGGCGGGAUCAGGAGAGCAAGCUAAGAUUGACAGCUGUCUGUCAGACCUCGUCAACACGUCCAGCAAGUUCAAGGAUCUCUUGCAGGAGGGCCUGACGGAGCUGAACACCACAGCCAUCAAGCCUCAGGUCAAACCGUGGAUCAGCAGCUUCCUGUCCAUCUCACACAACAUAGAGGAGGAGGAGUUUAAUGAGUACGAGGCCAACGACCCCUGGGUCCAGCAGCUCAUCGUCAACCUCGAGCAGCUCAUGGCAGAGUUCAAGGCGGGGCUCUCUUCAGUUAUCUACGACACACUGACCAGCCUCAUGACCAGUUUGGUCUCCAUGGAGAUGGAGAAGACUGUCCUGAAGUGCACCUUCAGCAGGCUGGGAGGGCUUCAGUUUGAUAAGGAGCUGCGUUCUCUGGUGGCCUACCUCACUACUGUCACCACCUGGACUAUUAGGGACAAGUUUGCUCGGCUCACUCAGAUGGCCACCAUCCUCAACCUGGAGCGGGUAACAGAGAUCCUGGAUUACUGGGGCCCGAACUCUGGUCCUCUAACUUGGCGUCUCACCCCAGCGGAGGUCCGGCAGGUUCUGGCACUCCGCAUCGAUUUCCGCAGUGAGGACAUCAAGAGGCUCCGCCUCUAACCCUGCGACCCAGAAAAUGUGCUGGUGCACAUGUUACAUGGGACUAGACUCAUGCUGAUUGGUCUUUGAGGAAAAAGAGGAGUGUGCAGGUGGAUCCCCUGAGAGGAAGUCCCUGCUGCUCCUAACCUCUGCUGGCCUCAUAGGAGGUGGAGGAAGAGGUUGCCCCUAACUACAGAUACAGUGAUGGAUAUUUGUUUAACCCCCAAAUGGUUACAGUUAGGUUUGAGGUAGGGUGAUCUGAUCCUAGAUCUGUAGUUAAUGCUACUUCAUACAGCCAAUCAGAGCCAGGAGUAACAGCAGUAAUGGAACUAUGGGAUUGUGGAACAGUGGGAUUAUGGAUUUGAGCCUUUUGGCUUGGAUUAAUAAAUAUUAUGUAACAUAUUAAAGUGUUCUCUCGAA